AUGGAUGACAUCGUAUCUUCACCACUCGAGCCAAAUUACAAGAAACGGCCGGCGCCCGAGGACGGUUCUCCAGACAAGAAGCCCUUAAACCUCAAGGGAAACCAGUUCAUGAUGCCAACGCCGCCCGACACCGACAACUCGAGCAACGUGAGCCCUGAGGCUGAUGCCAACAACGAUGAGGCUACGCGUGCUGCAUCUCCAGCUCCAAGCAGCUCAGCCAUGAGCAGCGUCAUUGAGAAUACACACGACACCAGUGCCGAGAGCUCUGCUCCAACCGUCGGCGCUUCGAGCUCGGGUCCCCCUCCAGCAAAGCGACGCAAGCUGACCCCUACCGAGCGAUUGGAGAAGCAACAGGCGAAGGAGGCAAAGGAUAGGGCGAAGGCGGAAGAAAAGGCGCGCAAGGACGAGCAGAAGCGCGUCAGAGAUGAGGAGAAGAGGCGGAAAGCCGAAGAGCUGGAAGCGAAGAAGCGCGAGAAGGAAUUGAAAGAAGAACAGAAAGUGCAGGAGAAGUUGAAGAAAGAACGUAGCCAGAUGCGACUGGGUGCCUUCUUCCAGCGAGGCCCAGCUACACCCGCGAAGCCUGACAAUGCCACCACCGAUGGUGAUGAAGACGCUGCGAUCAGAGCUAGGCGCCGGUCGCUGUCUCUGGAGCUGUACGAUGAUGUGGCAGAUAAUAUCAAGACACCAGCCAAAGGAACACCUCCACCGCCGUCUGCAAAGAAGGAAUGUGUGAAGAGUGUCUCCGAUUACCAGAAGACGUUCCUUGCUUUUCAGCUUCAGUCCCACUGCCGAAUGCCGCCCAUCGCUCAGCCUGCGUCUGAGGCUGCCCAGGAUGCAUUCGAGCAAGAGUUGAAGGACCCCUCCUUAAAGGAGAAGUUUGACCUUGGCCUGAUCGACUCGUACGAAGCACCCACCGAAACCAAACAUUACUUUGCAGGCCAUCCUGAACGUGGGAUGCCAGAUCCAGACAUUAAAGCACUCAUUGAUACUAUCGCGGGGACAUCGCACCAACCAAUCGACUUGACUGGCGAAUCCAGCACCGAAGGCGCUUUGGCCCGUCUCCAUGGGCUCUCCAUCAAGCAUUUGCAGUUCUACGAGGAUGUGCGGCCUGCUUAUUGCGGCACGUACACCAAGAUCCGGUCACCACGAGCUGUUCGCAAAGUAACUCGAAACCCAUUCACUCGUGCCCGGCCAGACACAGACUACGAUUACGACUCAGAGGCGGAGUGGGAGGAACCAAAAGAGGAUGAUGAAGAGCUUCUUUCCGACGACGAGGAUGAGGGCGACAGCCAGGCUGAUGGCAACGAAAUCAACGAUUUCCUAGACGACGAAGAUGAUGACAAGAACAAGCGAAAAGUCAUCACCAGCGAGCUGGUUCCAGAGAGUACAGGCCUUUGCUGGAUCGAUUCUACUGGCCGCAACGAGCAGGAGAAAGAAUUACAAGGCAUGCGCAUGGGGGUGCUGUUGCCUGCUUUUUCUGGCACUACCAUCGAUCCUUUCUCUACCGAAUACUGGGACUCGCCAUCAUACCAGGUUCCAGCACUUCAAGUGAACGAGAAGCCCGCGGCUGCCAGUACUCCCAUGGCCCCACCGAGGGUGCCUUUGCAGCCGCGACUCAACACCAAUGGGUCGAUUGACAAGAAGCAUGAUCUGUUGGGUGCAGCUGCCGGAGAGAAAGGUGCCAUCACGAGUGUUGUGGCAGUCGUUCAGGGAGCUAAGAGAGGCCCGAAACCGGCUCCCAAAACACUCAGCAAGGAAGAUAUGGAUGAGUUCAAAGAGGCUGUCAUCGGCAGUCCGAUUGGCAAACUUGAGUUGCAGAAGGGCUUGAAAGCCAGGUUCCCCAAGAUGACCAACGAAGUGAUCAAGGAGACGCUGAGCUCCCAAUUCGCACAAGUCGGCAAGGGCAAGGCUGAUAAGCGCUGGGUCUUUGUCGGCGAGUCCUGA